AUGGCUGGUGCAAUCACUGCUUCCUCCCCUAUCUACCACCACAAACUCUUCAACUUCUCAUUUAUCCAUUCAUCCCUUCCCCAGACCCUCAACUUCCCACACACAACAAUAACCAUAUCCUCAAAACCCCUCUUUCUAAAUCCCCAAUUACUCAACCAUUCUUCUCUCAAACUCCACCCACCUUCAUUUUCGUUCCAUCAAUUCGAAUUCACCCAAGAAGAAAAUGAUCCUAAAACAGAACCUAAAACCUUGCAAAAUCCAGACCCAAAUUUGUCGCCAUCAAAGAGACUUUUUGUUGGUAACUUGCCAUUUUCACUGUCUUCUUCCCAAUUAGCUCAACUCUUUGGAGAAGCUGGAAAUGUUGUGUCUGUAGAGAUUGUGUAUGAUGACAUCGCGGAUAGAAGCAGAGGAUUUGCGUUUGUUACAAUGGGGAGCGUGGAGGAGGCUGAAGAAGCAAUUCGAAUGUUCGAGGGCACUAAUCUUGGAGGUAGGGUUAUUAAGGUAAACUUCCCAGAAGUACCCAAAGUAGGCAAAGGGGUGCAAAUGAGCUCAAAGUAUAGAGGUUAUGUAGACAGCCCUCACAUAAUCUAUGCCGGAAACCUUGGUUGGGAUAUGACUUCCCAUGAUCUUAGAGAAUCCUUUGCCGAGCAACAAGGCGUACUGAGUGCCAAGGUCAUCUAUGAAAGGAGCAACGGAAAAUCUCGUGGAUAUGGGUUUGUUUCAUUCGAAACUGCUGAGGAUGUAGAAGCUGCUUUGAAUGCUAUGAAUGGCAUGGAGGUUCAAGGCCGGCCUUUACGACUGAAAUUGGCUGUUGAUUACAAGAAGGAUUCAUCUCCUCCUGUAAUUGAUCAAAAUAAAGAAAGUAAUGUUGAUAGCUUGGAAAUGUUGUUUGGAAUAAGCAAAUGA